AUGUCAUUAACAGAAACACCAACUAGAGGAUUAACAGGCAAAAUCAACAACCUCGACAUGUCACAAACACCAGGUAAAUCUUUGACUGAUAAACUAGCUGCCGAAGCUAAGGCCAAGGACGAAGCACAAACCAUUCACGAAGUCAAGGCCUCAUUGAAUGCUAGCAAACCAACUACAAGUGAAGUUACCAAAGAGUCUACACAGGACGAACAAGAUAAGGAUCAAGACGAACACGACCAGUUCCUCACUACACACAAGGCACACAGACGUCAAAUCAAAGAAGCUGAAAAAGAUGAACCUCUCCUUAAAGAAAACAAACGUCGAUACGUGAUGUUCCCAAUCCGUUACCACGAAAUCUGGCAAAUGUACAAGAAGGCCGAGGCAUCCUUUUGGACUGCAGAGGAAAUCGAUUUGGGCAAAGACAUGCACGAUUGGAAAAACAAAUUGAAUGAAAAUGAAAGAUUUUUCAUCUCAAGAAUUCUCGCUUUCUUUGCUGCAUCUGAUGGUAUUGUUAAUGAAAACUUGGUUGAAAACUUUUCUGCAGAAGUGCAAAUCCCUGAGGCCAAGAGUUUUUAUGGUUUCCAAAUCAUGAUGGAAAACAUCCAUUCCGAAACUUACUCUUUGUUGAUUGACACUUAUAUCAAGGACCCCAAGGAGGCUGAUUUCCUCUUUAACGCCAUCGACAACAUCCCACAGAUUAAGAAAAAAGCCGACUGGGCCAUCCGUUGGAUCAAUGAUGACAAUGCCCUUUUCGCUGAACGUCUUGUUGCUUUUGCUGCCGUUGAGGGUGUGUUUUUCAGUGGCUCUUUUGCUUCUAUUUUCUGGUUGAAAAAGAGAGGAUUGAUGCCAGGUUUAACCUUUUCCAAUGAGUUGAUCUGCAGAGACGAGGGUUUGCACACUGAUUUCGCAUGUCUCUUGUUUAGUCACUUGGAGAAUAGACCAGACCCAAAGAUUGUUGAGAAGAUUAUCUCUGAAGCAGUGGAGAUUGAAAAAGAAUUCUUUACUGAUGCCUUGCCAGUGAGUCUUUUGGGAAUGAACUGUAAAUUGAUGUGCCAAUACGUUGAGUUUGUUGCCGAUAGACUUUUGGUGGCAUUGGGCAAUGAAAAGAUUUACAAGGUUACCAAUCCAUUUGACUUUAUGGAAAACAUCUCACUUGCUGGUAAAACCAACUUUUUCGAAAAGAGGGUUUCUGAUUACCAAAAGGCAGGUGUCAUGGCCAAGUCCGAAGACAAGAAUGCUAAUGAAUUCACCUUUGAUGAGGAUUUCUAA